AAUGAGCAGGUGCAAGACAGAGUGAUCCACUUCACCUGAUAACGUCGUCAGGAGGACGACAGGCUGGCCCUGAAACAUACUUCUCACUGUCAGAGGAGCUGCAAACACACGCUCUCUGGUUUUUACCGUUGGAAGAGGAGCAUCAUCUGAACCGCUGCACUGCAGACAGCCACUCAACAGCAUAAAAAAAUCAUGUCUGGCCUGCAGAAACUCUCCCUCACAGUUGCCCUCUGCCUGCUGCUCCUUGCCACACUGUUGCCCAGCUCUGAGGCCCGGCGUGGAGGUGGUGGUGGCUUUGGCCGAGGUGGAGGAGGCUUCGGCCGAGGUGGAGGUCGGGGCUGGGGCGGUGGUGGUGGCCAGGCCUACAGACCCAUCCAGAGCAGUGGCCCCAGUGCAGGGAAAGUAGCUGGGGCAGCUGCAGCGGGCGCAAUAGGAGGAGCAAUGAUCGGGUCUGCCCUGAGCCGCCCUGGGUACGGGUAUGGAGGGUAUGGAGGAGGGUAUGGAGGAUAUGGGUAUGGAGGGGGCUAUGGAGGAGGGUAUGGCUAUCCACAUUAUGGAGUUGGUGGUGGCUACGGCCCCAGGCCUGGCUAUGGCUAUGAACCAGAGGGCUCUGGAGAUAUGGAGUACUAUACUGGAGCAUCUAGCGGCCCCAUCUACAACAGCAUCAUCGUUGUCAUUGGCUCCCUGAUGUCCCUGCUGAUUGGCCACUGGGUGGCAGUCAUGUAGAGCAGGAGACAGAGCUGGGAUCCUUAAAACAGACACAGACCCUGACUAAAAAUAACCCACAGCCUGACAGAAGACAUUUUUUGGUUUAAAGUCAAAUAUGAAAUAUGACCCUUGAAAUAUGAAAAGCUGUGGUCAGUUUGUUUCCCCGACACUUGGCCCUCCAUGUAGACAGGAAGAGGAAUUUUGACCCAUUUAACCUCUACAACAUGCCGGUGUGAUGCCACAUUUCAGUCUGCAACUGUACUGACAAACAAAGAAAACCACUUCCUGUAGAUAUUUAUUGUCAUUCCCAUUUCUCUUAAUGUGGUCAGUCUUUUUGUACUUUUCAUGAUUGUGGUGGUGACGGCGAUAUUUAUGAUGGAGAUGAUUUAAAAUGUGUUCUGGCAAACACAUUCUCUGUAGUCAAUCUGUAACGAUAGACCAGGAAUAAAUUAGAUUAGUUUAUUCAUGUUAAGCCUACCUCAAGAAGCCGGAGUUUAAGAGCAGCUACACAUUUAAUUUGAUAAUGCCAUUUCUCAGUAUAUUCUUCAUAACUUAAUCUUUUAGAGCGUUUUUCAAUCUGCCUGCUCUGUAUCUUGUUAUAUUUUCAGUACAUUGCUUGUAUACUUAUACCUUAUUAAAGUACAUGUUUUAUGCCA